AGGAUUAUAUGAUUUUGCUUUUUAAUUUUGUCGUUUGAUGAAAGUAUUUGUCUUUUAAUUUUGACGUUUGGUGGAAGUGAUUUCUCAAACUAAAACCAGAGACAUGGACAACAUACAGCUUCUGGAUUUUGACUUGUUUGGAGGUUUCACUCACAAAGAGAUGCCGCGUGGACACAAGAAACCGUUUAAUGACAAUUAUGGCACUCGUAAGACCGCCUUGAGCCAUGCACGGAAAAGAUUGGAACGAGCUUAUGGAAUGAAAGGGGAAUGUAACUUCACGACGGAAGAACUUGACGAGCUUCGUCAAAUCUUCGAGUUUUAUGACAUAGACAACAGCAAGACAAUGGACUUGAGCGAACUGAAUAUGGCUUUACGGGCACUUGGAUACAACGCUAGUGAAAAAGAUGUUCACGAUCUCGCUUCUCUUAUGGAUGUUGACGGCGAUAUGUCCAUGGAUUUCAGUGAAUUUUGCAUGAUUGUUGAAUACAUGAGAGAGGAAAAGGGGAUGGAAGAAGAACUGAGAGACGCUUUUCGCAGCAUUGACACAAAUGGAUGCGGUUACGUCACAGCAGAAGAACUUCUAGAUUUAUUAAUGACACAAGGGAACACAAUGUCACUCAAAGAAGCUUCGGAAUUGAUAAGAUUUGUCGACAAAAACGGAGACGGUAAAUUGGAUUAUGAAGAGUUCAUGAGAAUCAUUCUCGAAGGUAAAAGUAUGUCACGAUCAACAACUUUCUACUCGACUGCAGCGUCAUCCCUGAACUCCCUUCAAAAUAGUCAAAUGAGUUUGGCAAAACAAGGUAGCGAAGAGCAUUCAUCCAGCUACAAGACAGCAAAGUCGAGUCAUACAGAUGGAACGAUAGCAGCGCUCGCAGGUGAUUUGACAACAGAUUACGGUAAUAACAGGCAUUCGAUAUUUGUCGUCGGUUCCCAGCCUAGGUUUAAUCGAAAUACUGAGUCAUCAGAACUGGUGACUAUGAGUAUAUCAUCGCUUAAUUUCGGACUUCCUGACUUAGCAGCGUUUUCUCAAAAUCCAAAGUGUGACAUUGCAAAUAGUGACAAAAAGGAAAGAUCAGGGACUGAGCCGCCAUCUACAGGAAAACAGGCCAUUUCAAUCAACGUAGUAGGUCCAGAAAACGGGGAAGUACUGGGAUCAGUCGUGCUAGAAAGUGGAACGCCAACGGCUACAGACAACAAAUAAGCAAUAUGCUGUGUCUGGUCGCAUUUGUUGUUUAAAAAUUUGAUGUUUUUUCGUACAAAGAUUUCAUAUCGAAAAGACAGCGGCAUGUAGUGUUUAUUUGUUUUUAAUACUAUUCUAACGAUGAUAAAACAUUUAUGUAUAUCAUUUGUCUGAAA